CAUACUGAGCUAGUGUGAGUGUUUCUGGCUUCAGCUCACUGUGUGGGGUUGAUCCUCCUGAAGCACAUCCAGGCUGGGCUUUUCUUUGGAGCAUGCAGAAAAUGCUGAGAGUGAUUGCAAACACACUUAAGGGUGGUGUCAAAAUAAAUGGCUCCAGAGUUGUGGUAUCAGCACGUUCUUUUGCUGAUUUGACACCUCAGGCCAGCUUUGACAUCAAGAGAUGUGACCUUCAUCGCUUGGAUGAAGGCCCUUCAGUGCAGACGGUGCUCACCAGAGAGGAUGGACUCAGGUACUACCGCACUAUGCAGACCUUGAGACGCAUGGAGCUGAAGGCAGAUCAGCUCUACAAGCAGAAGAUCAUACGAGGAUUCUGUCAUCUUUAUGACGGGCAGGAGGCCUGUGCUGUAGGCAUUGAGGCUGGUAUCAGUCCCACGGAUCACCUGAUCACAGCAUAUAGGGCUCAUGGUUACACCUACACCAGAGGUGUGCCUGUGAAAGAGAUCAUGGCAGAGCUCACAGGUCGAAGGGGUGGUGUUGCCAAAGGCAAGGGCGGCUCUAUGCACAUGUAUGCCAAGAAUUUCUAUGGCGGGAAUGGUAUUGUUGGUGCCCAGGUUCCUCUUGGGGCUGGUGUGGCCCUGGCAUGCCAGUAUCAGGGUAAGAAUGAGGUUUGUGUCACUCUGUAUGGGGAUGGAGCUGCUAAUCAGGGCCAGAUCUUUGAGGCGUUUAACAUGGCAGCUUUGUGGAAACUCCCCUGUAUUUUCAUCUGUGAGAAUAAUAAAUAUGGCAUGGGGACAUCAGUGGAACGGGCCUCAGCAAGCACAGAUUAUUACAAGAGAGGAGACUACAUUCCUGGUCUGAGGGUGGAUGGCAUGGAUGUUCUCAGCGUGAGAGAGGCAACCAGGUUUGCAGCAGAUUAUUGCAGAUCUGGAAAGGGUCCCAUAAUAAUGGAGCUCCAGACAUAUCGUUACCACGGCCACAGCAUGAGCGAUCCUGGGGUCAGCUAUCGCACACGUGAGGAGAUUCAGGAAGUUCGCAGUAAGAAUGACCCCAUCACUAUGCUGAAGGACUGUAUGAUUAGUAGAAACCUGGCUAGCCUGGAUGAGAUCAAGGACAUUGAUGCCAAGGUUCGUAAGGAGAUAGAAGAAGCAGCACAGUUUGCUACCUCUGAUCCAGAGCCCCCUCUCGAGGAUUUGUGCAAACACAUCUUCUACAAUGAUGCACCCUUAGAGGUCAGAGGCACCCACCCCUGGAUGAGGCUGAAGUCCAUCAGCUAAAGAACCUGAUAAAGAUUCAGCACUUCAUUCAUCAUAAUACAGGAGCUCUGUUCCCUAAUUAUACUCACAAAAAGAUGGAUGAAAUUUUUUUUAUCCAUAAAGUCAUAAUUACAUUCCAUAACUGCUGUUAUUGUCUCUCUUUUUAGCAAUCAGUUUUGCUGACUAUUAAUAAAUUAGGAAACACAUAGCUAGCACAACAUACAGCAAUAAACAUUUAGAGCAAUACUAGAAUAGAUUAAAUGAAUGGACAUAAUCUUUACUAGUAAAUGUGUAGAAAUUAAAAAAAAAAAAAAUACACAAGGUCUUGGAAAUGAAAUGUAGGCUUAUUAAAAAUUAUUUGUAACGAUGAUACAAUUUUCACACCCUAUAGUAUUGUGAUGAUGUAAUUUCUUGAAUUAUGAGUUCAUUUGUCAUUUUUAACAUAAUAUCCCAAAGACUUAAUAGAUGUUAGUACCAAUACUUUCACGAGAAUCUAAGCUUAUGCAAACAUUAGUCAGCACAUUUGCCCUAAGAAAUUCUGGAUUUCAAAUAAUACUAAAAUGUGUAAUAACUAACGAUGGAAUUAAUAAAUAUGUAAUAAUUUGGCUUA